UCUUAUUUUUUCCAGGCACUCCUGUAUACAUACAACUUAUGUGUGGACGUCGACUAUAAAGGGGGCCAUGCUUCGAGGGUGUCCUUGGUGUGAGUUUACUUGGGCUCUCUUUUUCAUUCAUGGCUGUCACCGACAAGUCUCUGCGAUCCACCCGAAACCAGCUGUACCCGCAACAAGCAUGGUAUUGCAUUGGACUCUUCAUUUUUAUCGUUGCAAUCUUCCAAUGGAUCUCUUUCUUUCACUCCAAGUUCGCCGGGAAGCGUCCAACGUCCAACGCCUCCGACACAGAACAUGCUUCUGAGCACCGUCGUCACGCUUUUUCUUGGCGUCGCAUUCCAUUGGGACUCAUCAAUGCGUACCGCGUCAUUUCUUUCCGCUGGACACUCGAAUUUGGAAAGUCAUACACCCUCAACAUGGCUGAGGUUUUAGAGCUUCUAGCAACCGACCUCGAGAGCCAAAAAUUGGACAUCUCAUACUGGUGCAACCGCUCAGGCAUGCUGGCGUCGAGCCAGUUCCCACUGAUCACUGCACUUGGAACUAAAAACAACAUAGUAUCCUUAAUCACCGGUAUCAGCUAUGACAAGCUCAACUACGCUCAUCGCAUGAUGUCUAGAGUUGCCUUCGUAUUGCUCUGGGUUCAUGUAGGUGGUGAGGUUGUCCGACGUGCACCAUUCCAACCAUACUUAACGCAGCCAUGGCUCUUAUGGGGCUUGGUUGCCAUGGUCGCAUCUACCAUUCUAUGUAUCGUCUCCUUGCGCCCCGUCCGAUCCCAAGCAUACGAGCUUUUCUUCUACGUUCAUUUCGCUAUGGUUUCCAUUUUCCUCAUCGGCGCUUACAUCCACACACAAGAUUCUGACGUCGCCUUCUGGAUCUACCCCUGUUUCGUAAUAUGGGGAUUGGACCGGUUCAUUCGGAUCCUUCGUCUAGUGGUAUUCAACCACUCAUACUUCGGAUUCAGGUCAGGGUCUACGAUGGACGCGACCGCUGAACUCCUAUCAGAUGAUUUUGUUCGGUUGCGUUUCCACCGCCCGUCUCAUUUCCACUGGACGCCCGGGCAAACUGCCUAUCUUAUCAUGCCGUCCGUCUCACGCUUGCCAUUCGAGGCCCACCCUUUCACCAUUGCGAGCUUCGAUUCGACCCUUUUUGAUGUGCCUAAGGAACAGAAACCAACAAGUGAAAAAUAUGCUGAGAUCGGCCUUGCAGAAGAGAAUCUCGGUUCUAGUGCUCCGUUCUGGAAAGAGCUCGUAUUUUUCAUAAACGUGAGGGAAGGAUUCACUGCCCGCUUGAAAGAUGCUGCCUUGAAGGGUGACAAAGUAAAAGUUUUUGUCGAUGGGCCAUACGGGCCUUCUCCUGACCUGGGUUCAUAUGACACAUCUGUGCUCAUUGCUGGUGGAUCCGGAGUCUCGUAUACACUACCGGUAUUGUUGGAUACAAUAGAGCGUGUCCGCAACGGUGAAAGCAGGUGCCGUCGUGUUGUUUUCAUUUGGUCAAUUCGGAGUGUCGAUCAUAUUCACUGGAUCGACGAUGUGCUUAUCCGGGCACUACGGCUUGCACCUCCUUCUUUAUCUAUUUCAAUCCACAUUCACGUUACCGACACACCAGCAACUAUUGAGACUUUUCCACGAUCGUCUGGUCGAACUGACGACGUCAAACCUGUGCGCGACGAUUCCCGCUCUGAGGUGGUCGAGCUGCAGGAUGGAAAAGCUAUGGAAAUAACCAAUGACUCCCUUUUCGCGAUAGAGUCGGUCAAGCUUGCACAUCAAAGGGCCGACCUCCGGGCUAUCCUCAGAGACGAAGUGACAGCGGCGACGGGCAGGAUGUCUGUUAGCGUGUGUGGCUCACAAAGCAUAACUCGGUCUGUUCGUGGUGCUCUUAGGUUCCCAGUUUCUAGUCCUCUCAGUGUAGCCAACGGUGGGCCGAGUGUGACUCUACACAUCGAGUCGUUUGGUUACGCUUGA